GACAAGUACCACAUCUUCAACGAGAUCGGCGCCGGGCGCCAGUCCCAGGUCUUCAAGGGCCGCCAGAAGAAGACGGUGAACUACGUCGCCAUCAAGCGCAUCGAGAAGGGCCAGAUGGACAAGGUCGUCAACGAGGUCCAGAUGAUGCACGCGCUCUCGCACCCGCACACGCUCAAGUUCUACGACUGGUACGAGACGCGGAACAACCUCUGGCUCAUCCUCGAGUACUGCUCCGGCGGGGACCUCAAGUCGCUGCUCAAGGUCGACAAGCAGCUGCCGAUCCCCGCGGUGACGCUCUUCGGCGGCGACCUGCUGAGCGGGCUCCAGUACCUCCACCACAACGGGUUGCUCUACUGCGACCUGAAGCCGUCGAACGUGCUCAUCGACGACCACGGCGUGCUGAAGCUCGCGGGCUUCGGCCUCGCGCGGCGCAUCCCGACGCCGGGCAACCGGUGCCGCGCGCCGAAGAACCGGGGCACGCCCUACUACAUGGCGCCGGAGCUCUUCGUCAAGGACGGCGUCCACAACUUCGGGUCCGACUUCUGGAGCCUGGGCUGCGUCUUGUACGAGCUCGCGUCCGGGCGGCCGCCGUUCGCGUCGACGUCGCUGAACGAGCUCAUGCACCAGAUCACGACCGACGACCCG